CACCAUGGAUGUAGCCACCACCAAGAUGCUUAGCAUCCAUAUCAGUGCUCUCCUCCCGCCUACAUCCACUGAGCUGGACAUACCCCACCUGGUGCAGGUGGCUGCGGUCAUGGGCGUCGGGCUAGUGUACCAGGGCACGGCCCACAGGCACAUCGCAGAGGUUCUGUUGGGAGAAAUAGGUCGUCCUCCAGGACCGGAGCUAGAGAACUGCACUGACAGGGAGUCUUACUCCCUGGCCGCUGGUCUGUCACUAGGGAUGGUCAUGUUAGGGCAUGGGAGCAAUGCUGUUGGAUUGUCAGAUCUCAACAUGGCUGACCAGCUUUAUCACUACAUGGCAGGAGGUUACAAGAAUCAACCGAGUGGAGCAAACAGGGAGAAGUUUAAGUCCCCCUGCUACCAGAUCAAGGAAGGGGACCAGGUCAACAUUGAUGUCACGUCACCAGGAGCAACUUUGGCCCUAGGCCUGAUGUUCUUCCAGACAGCAAACAGGGCCGUGUCCCAGUGGCUGACUGCCCCUGACACCCAGAUCCUGCUGGAUUUUGUCAAACCGGACUUCCUACUUCUAAGGACAUUGAGUAAGGGCCUGGUGAUGUGGAACGAGAUUGAACCGACCAGUGAGUGGAUCCAGAACAAUGUCCCUGAGAUUGUGAAGAGGUAUGCCUUCAAAAGGAAUGUCACAGCACAGGAAGAUCUGGAUAUUGAUGUUGAUUUGCAGAAAAUGAGCCAGGCAGAGUGCAACAUCUUAGCGGGAGCCUGCAUGGCCAUGGGUCUUCGGUUUGCUGGCUCUGCCAACAACAGUGCCUUCCAGUGCUUGCUCCACUACGCCCAGCGGUUCUCAAGUCUAGCUUCACAAUCAAUUUCAGAAUUGGCCGGCAAGUCAACCAUCGACACAUGUCAAAAUGCGGUCCUUCUCUCUGUUGCCAUGGUGAUGGCUGGGACCGGCAACCUGGAAGUUUUGCGCUUUGCCCGCAGGCUGCACUUCAGCCUGGGCAACGAGACCAGCUAUGGCAGCCACAUGGCAACCCACAUGGCUAUUGGCUUGCUGUUCCUGGGAGGCGGGCACCACACACUCAGCACGGCACCCAUGGGCGUCGCUGCACUCAUCUGCAGCCUGUACCCACAGUUCCCAGUUAACAGCAACGACAACAGGUACCACCUGCAAGCUUUGCGUCAUCUCUAUGUGCUUGCAGCUGAGCCCCGCUUGAUUUUACCUAGGGAUGUUGACACUGGCAAGCCUUGCUAUGCGCCCCUGGAAGUCAUUUAUAAAGAAUCUCCAUGGUAUGAAGAGCACACCGUGCGAAUGCUGGCUCCCUGCAUUGUACCUGAGCUAAAACAUCUCAAACAGAUCAGUGUAGUUGGCCCUCGAUAUCUAACCGUGGCCCUGGACACUGGCAAAAAUAUAGCCACACUGGAAGCAAUCUUCAAAGCGGAUGGCACGCUUUAUGUCAAGCAACGUGCUGGACACCUGUCAUAUGCUGAAGACCCGAAGGGUUACAAAAGCCUGUUGGCUCAGACCUUUACCCAUGAUGCUUCCUACCAGCAGUCCAUGGACUCAGAGGUCAUCAGGUCAUUCACAUCUGACCUCGCCAUCCUGGGAUUCUCACGCCACUUCUGCCAGAGGGUUGAAGGCAACAAGGAGACUUCAUCAGUGGAGACUUUAUUAGCAUCGCUGUUGUACGAGUGCGUUACCAAGGAGAAACCAUGGAUACUGCAGUCGCUCAUUGAAGUUCACCAGGUCAUUGAUAGCCUUGUUGGGAGACCAGACACCCACACACUGUGGCAGGUCAAACUUUUACUAGCCUACUACAACCAAGCCCAUCACAGGAUAGCCACCAGCCACAAGGAAAAAGCCCAACCAAAGGGGCUGCUUUUGAAUGAUGAGAUGUGCAUCAAGAUGAAGUGUAGGGUGGAGCACUGCCUGGACUCAUGGCUUGCAGACAACCAGAAUGCUGCGAUGGCAUAUCUGGUUCAGGGGGCUCUUCCUCAACCCCUUGAGACCAGAAGGCAGAUGGCUAAAUUCCUGGUGUUCUAUGACAUCCCUUCCCCUCUGCAGCUGUCAGACAUACCAUUCCAGGUGUGCGACUCUCUCCCAAGCCUGUACACUGCCCUCAAGAAUUUCAACCUGCCUGUGUCUGCGAUGAUGAAACUUGUUACAAUCCUGCAAGCUGCCAGGUAACAGUCAGACCCAGCAGGAAGUCACUGUCGAAAUUCCAACACACAGAUUUGUGGAGUAGACACACAAUAGAUUUGUGCCAUAGUUGUGCAAUAUACUUUAACCUGUAUGGUAAAUUCCACAGAAAAAUUGCUAAUAGCUAUUCAGCAUUUUCAUUAUUUUAAGUACCUUAGACAAGGAUGAUCACAGCUUUUAUGACAGCCAUCCCUUUACAGUUUUACAGCAGUUAUUAAACAGAUGCUGAAUUAGCUCCGCCCGCCUCUUUAAAACGGUUUCUUUUCAUCACCCUUGGUACACACCUUGCUGUUUUUAGCGGCAAAAAGCCUUACCGCAAACAUGGUCAGUAAAAUAAACUCCAUUCUCGAUUUACCAUCUUAAAUGUGUGUGUAAGGUACCAGUACUCCAUAAUUUGUUCAACAAAUCAUAUAGAGAUUCAGACCCUUCCCAUUAUGCUGUAAGGCUUCUGGACUAAAGGUCAACUUUACAGUCUUCUCCAAAUUUUAAAACAAGCUGAAAUUAAUAAAAAAUUCCUCAGAUUUGUAUUGGUUUUGUAUGUUUUCUGUUUUGGCAGUGAUAUUAAAGCCAAUUUCGAGACAGGAA